CUUCAAUUGAAUUCUGGGUCAGUUUCUGUUCUGUCCGGGUAAUGUUCUCGAGAACAGUGCUGUCGUCGUGCAAACGCGCACCCAAAGCAUCUCUCCUUCGUGGACUUGCAACCGAAGCUUCUGCAGUACCUGCAGUACUCGAGGUCGCGCAAGUAGAUGCUGCACUGUCAAAGAAGACUGCACGGCCCAAUCUACAUACUGGAAUUAUCCUGAACCGAUCCCCCAUAAUAACCCGAACACCAACGGCCUUCGAGAAAGCCUACUAUGCCUACCAAGCCCGCAUCCACCGCGCGCUGCACAACCCAUUUCCUUAUGAUUUUUACUUUAAACAAGGUUCACCUCUAGAGUCGCGAUUCAACAUAGAAGAGCGAAGACGUGAACGCAAGGCAUUCGGUGCGCCUUUUGGUAUGCAGACCGGGGAGACGAGCGAGGCUGAAAAGCUUGCCGAGGCUACUAUGCGCGACGAAGAAGAGGCCAUGCCCCGUGUCCAUGAAGCUGACAUUAACUCGGACUUCAAAAACCUGCAAAGACGCGGUCAGCGAAACCUAUAUCUAUUACUACAAAAGCAGGAGAAUGGGAUGGCCGUAUGGAGGUUCCCUCAGGGAAGUGUGGACAGGGGAGAGCUUUUGCACUGUGCGGCAACCCGUGGGCUCGAAGUCGAGUGUGGAAACAAUAUGGAUACUUGGAUAGUCAGUCGCAAUCCAAUAGGUGUCUUCCACCCUCCAUCACUAGCCAGUACAGGUGGCACUGAGAAGGAUGUGGUUUUCUUCUAUAAGGGACAUAUCGUGGCUGGUCAAGUCCGCCCAAACCGAACGCAUACACAAGACUUUGCCUGGCUAACCAAGGGUGAGAUCAAGACCCGGGUGGAUGCGGACUACUGGUUAGGCAUCAAAGAUAUGUUGUCUGAUUUCUAGUGUAUAUUCCCUAUAUUGUUCUACUUAUCGAUAUAUCAUCCGGUGCUCCACUGCACCUACUUGGGGGCGGAGAUAGCCCGACGCAUCUCUGGUCGCUUUUGUGCAUCAUCGAAUCUACGUACCACCACAUCGCACUUCGUGCUCUUGCAUAUGUGCUUGGAGUUUGCCUUUACAGCAUCUGAGAAUAGAUUGAGGCCAGCAGCACGUUCUACGACAUCAACUAAGUGCAGUGCGUCAGUCAUGCGCCCAAUAUUGAAAGG